GAAUCAUAGAAAAUAGUUUUAUUUUCAAAACAUGGCAAUCUUGUUUCGAAGUACACUGCCUUUGUUGCUGAUCCUAGUCUGUCUCACAACUUAUGAGCUUCAUGUUCAUGCCGUUGAAGGUGCACAAGCUGGUGAAGGAGUAGUGAAAAUUGAUUGUGGUGGGAGAUGCCAAGGUAGAUGCAGCAAAUCGUCAAGGCCAAAUCUGUGUUUGAGAGCAUGCAACACAUGUUGUUCCCGGUGCAACUGUGUGCCACCGGGCACAGCCGGAAACCACCAUCUUUGCCCGUGUUAUGCCUCUCUUACCACUCGUGGUGGUCGUCUCAAGUGCCCUUAAAUUUCUAUAAUUAUAUCAUUAUAUGUAUUUCGACAAGCUAGUACUGUUAUAGUAUGAAGGAUAAUGGCAUAUGCGUGUAUGAGA